AUGGUCUUGCAACAGGAUUUAACCAAUACUAUUAAGAAUGGAUUCCGAAAGUGUGGUCUAUAUCAUUUCAACCAAGAAGCCGUGGAUUAUACAAAAUGCGUAAAAAAUACGCAAGGAUCAACACUUGAACAUAUUCCAACAGUAAAUACAGAAAUAACAACUGUGGAAGUCGAAAGUACGAUCAAAGUAGUAAACUAUUACAGAAAGGAUUUGGAAAAGGAAGGAGUAAAUGUUGAUGUAAUUGCGAAAAUUUUGAGAAAAGACGAAGAACUGCAGGAAAAUAUAACUAAGAAACAGGAAAACAUAAAGUCGCAAAAUUGUGAAAAUACCGUGAUUCCCAUUUCUUCCAUAACUAAAGAAACCGAAGUUGUACGUCAAGACCAAGAAGAAAUAGAAUUCUAUAUUUUAGAAGAUAAUUGCCUUUUGGAACCAUGUUCAAAAAACUAA